AUGUCUCAAGAUCAUAAAAAACUUGACUCCAAUAAAAUAUGUGACAGUGUCAAAUCUCUUAUUCACAUCGAUGCCUCACUAGACGUUAAAAAUAUUAUCGCUCAUAUUUGCGAGAAAUUCAACUACACAAUAUCUUACAAGAAGGCAUGGAUUUCAAAGAACAAAGUAAUAUCAUCUAUUUAUGAUAAUUGGGAGACUUCAUACAACGACCUACCACAAUGGUUAUUGGUCAUGAAAUCCUUUAUUAUUGCUUCCUUCUCAAUCUCUUCACAUUCCUCUGAGUCCAAGUUCCUUCGUGAAUCCUCAUCGUUCAAUCUUCCACCUCAUUCUACAAGUUUUUCUUUCCGUGAUUCAGCUGAAAAUAGAAGAUUUAUUUGGUAUUGA